GGGCGGUGCGGGAUCGGGGGGAGGGGGGCGGAUCGCCGCGGUGGCUCCGGCGGAGCGCUGGGCCGGGCCCUCCCCGCGGGGCGGGAGCGGUUCUGGACCGGCAACGGCAGCGCCCGCACAGCCCCGUCCCCGGAGCGGCUUCCCCUCGCCCCGCUCCCCUCCGGCCGGCCCCGGUAGCCCGCUCACCUUCCGCGCAUCCUCCGCUCGCUCCCUCCGUGCUCUCCGCCGCCGGGGAUGCUCCCGGCCCCCCCGGGCAGCGGCUCCGCUCUCCCGCCGGCCCUCUGAGCGCCCUUCCCGCCCCUGCUUCUCCCCUCUCAGGUGCGGGUGAAGCGGGUGAAGCCCCCCCCGCCCGGCGGCUUCCCCCAUGGUGGGCUUCGGGAGCAACCGGAGGGGCGGCCGUCUGCCUUCCCUCGUCUUCGUGGCGCUGCUGGUGGUGAUCGCCAUCCUCGCCUUCAACUGCUGGAACGCCUCGUCCCGCCAGGCCCUGCUGCGGGAGGAGCUGGCGGAGCUGCAGAGCCAGGCCAAGCGCACGGAGGUGGCCCGGGGCCGGCUGGAGAAGAGGAACUCGGACCUGAUGGGCAGGGUGGAUUCCCACAAGAAGCAGCUGGAGCAGAAGGAGGCUGAUUACAGCCAGCUGAGCAGCCAGCUGCAGGCCCGGGACGGACAGGUGAAGAAGUGCGAGGACAGCAAGAUAAAGCUGCAGAACAACAUUUCCUAUCAGAUGGCAGACAUAAAUCGUUUAAAGGAACAACUGGCAGAAUUACGUCAAGAAUUCAUUCGCCAGGAAGAUCAACUUCAUGAGUACAAGAAGAACAACACUUACCUGACAAGGAGGUUGGAGUAUGACAGCCUGCAGUGUGGGCAGCAGAUCAAGGAAAUGAGGCUGCAGCAUGAAGAGAACAUAAAGAAAUUAAUGGACCAAGUUGUGCGGGAACAAAAGGCCACACAAAAAAUUCAGUCCAGUAAAGACACUGAAGUAAAUCCCAGUAAUGAUGAGCAGGCAAUAUCUAAGGCUGUUCCAGAGGCAGAAGAUAAAAACGCUGUAAAUAGUGAGCAGCCCUCAGAUCAUGCUGGAAAUGACAAAGAGAAAAUCAAACCAGGAGGAGAUGCAGGCAUGCCUGAAAUAGAAGAUAAUGACCCUGGUAAAGCUGAAGAUACUCCCACUGCUUUGAAGAGGCCACUCAUUUCAGCUUCUAAAAAUGAAGGUCAUCAGCCUGCUGCAAACCUCCCAACUGAACAGCCCCAUGCUCCAAACCUGGCACCAGGUCUGCACAGUGACAAUGAUGGAAAUGCUGAUAACGUGAGGCAGAUACCUCCUAAUUCUCUCCAGCACUUAAACUUUGAAGAAAACAUGGAAAAUCAGAAAGAACACAGAAUUGAGACAGACAAUAAAAAUAUCCCAAGGAGCAGACUCAGUGACUUGCAGAAGAUGAAGCAAAGCCGGUUCUUUGAUGAGAAUGAAUCCCCUGCUGAUCCCCAGCAGGGCUCUAAGCUGGCAGAUUAUAAUGGGGAUGAUGGGAACGUGGGUGAGUACGAGGCAGACAAACAGGCUGAGCUGGCUUACAAUGAGGAAGAGGAUGGUGAUGGUGGAGAAGAAGACGUCCAAGAUGAUGACGAAAGAGAUCUACAGAAUGACCUUGCUGAGUAUGGGAAGUCACACGUCAGUGAGGGAGUUCUGUAAGGCUGGAAGGAAGAGGGAUGAGGAGAGAGCUGAGGAACUUGAAGUGCUGCAAAACUGAACCAUUUUUACUUCAGUCUUUCUUGCUUUAAAGGAAGCUGAUAAUUACAAGUGAUGAGUCGACUCCCAGUCAGCAGAGGAACAGAAGGCAACAGUUCUGUACAUAUGUACAUAGUUGUACUAUUGCAAACUGUAUUAAAGCCACGUUUUUGUUGUUACAUUGAGCCAACUGCUUAGACUGUACCUGAUCUGUAACAAUCCUUACAUUUAAAACCAGUGUUAUAAAUACAGGCUGGAUUGUUUCUGCAAUUAGCAAACUUUGUAAACUGGAGAACUUGUACAGUUUGUAUCUGAUGUAACAAACACACUGUGGAAACAACAUCAGCCAAAGGACUCCUUUUCUACAGCACUGCCCCUGGGAGCAGAGAGCACUCCUGCUCCCCUCCUGCCCUGCUUCCCAGGUUCCAGGUGAGCUGUCAGUCAGAGAUGAAAACUCAGUGUUUGAAAACCUGCUCCUUGCCUGCUGGCACUGAGGAAAAGGCUCUGACAGUCUGGGGAAGCAACCAACACCUUCAUCCUCACAGCCCUGGAGCUCCAGCGGGAAGUCGGUGGCAGUCGGACUGAAUAACCCAAAACUUCCUGAAAAAGUGGUGUAACUAACAGCUUGUUUGAAAAGGUAAUAUAAAUCAUUCAGCCCAGCUUGUAGGGAAGCUUUGUGUGUGUGUUCAAGAGAAGCAGCCAAGUCACCGUGAAGCCCCAGGAAGGGAGAGCCCUGACCCAGGGCUCUGAGCAUCUGCCACCUCCCACUCGUGGGGUUUCUGCACUUUGUAAGUUCCAAUCCUUUUUGUGUUCUGUGUUUAAGCACUUUCUGGAUUUUAUGGGAAUGAUUCUGUUGAUCUGCAGCAGUGGAAAUGAAGGUGAUUAACCCAGCCUGCUUCUCCCAAGGGCUACUCUAGGGCCCAGGACAGGGGUGAUUGUACUUUCUCUCUGUACUCAGGUUCCAAUUUGCAGUAACAGUCGAGGUUUGCUCAGUGCAACUUCCCUGAGCCUUCUACACUCCAGUGCUUAUACAAUUUUAUUUUAUUAUUUUUGCUACAGGGUUCUUCUACGAAUCAGUCUUAAAAAUACAAGAAAUAAAGAUUUCGGGUUCUGACAAUGCAGCUCAAGGUUUUUUUGUUUGAGUUGAGCUUCUGAUUGCAUCCUCCUGGGAGGCAGGCAGGGGCAGAGCCUUUUGCAUGGUGCAGUGGACUCCCAGUUGGAAGGAAAAUGCUGAACCUGCUCAGAAUUAGAGACCAUACUAAUACCACACCAUGAGUAUAAACUUGUACCAGGACUCUAAGAAUAGCAGUCUGCAGUAAAUACUGUAUUUAAGCAAUUUUUUUGUUUGUCUUAAGAUGUAAUUUCACCCCGAAUUAGGUGUUAGCUUGAUUCUUCUAAUGAAAGCAACCGUUAAGGGUUCUAAUAAAUUAAGUUGUUUAAAGUAA